GGAUGAGCAGCAUCGCUGAGUUCGCUCCUCUGAGCUUUCUAUGUUAAUAUAAUUAUAAAAACUAUCGAAUAAUACAAUUAGUCUCCUUGGUCUCCUAACCAGAGACGAUGGGCAACGAAGGAAGCAUCGAGGGAAGCGGACAACCCGGAGAACCGGGCUCCAUCUCUAUGGUUGGAGCUCCCGGUUCGUUUUCAGCACCGGGCUCUGGACAGCACAUCAAGCCCGCCAAUGGUGCUGUUGCCGGGGGAGGAAUGGGUGGCGGACCGGGGAUGAAUAGGGUUCCUAUGGGGAGUCCUAAACCUGGGAUGCAGCUUGGCUAUGGAGGGAUGGCUGGAGGAAUGGGUGGAGGAGGAGGUCAGAGACUGGCCAACCAAGAGAGCCACAGGCCGUUGCAGCAAUCUAGCUCAGGCCCCGACCAUGGCUCUGGCCCAGGCCCAGGUCAGGGCCAUGGGCCAGGGAUGGGUGCUGGGAUGGGUUCUGGGAUGGGUGGCGGUCAUGGUCAGCAUGUCCAGAGCCCCGGUCAGCCCGGUCAGCACGCCUCCAGACGAAACCUCCAGGUGGACUUCAGCAGCUCGGGAGGCCGGACGGGUCGCUCCUCCUCAGCGUCUCCGGACCGGGGGAUCACCCCCACCUCGCCCUACUCGGUGCCUCAGAUCGCCCCCAUGCCCGUCAGCAAGCUGUGCCCCCUCUGCUCCACCACAGAGCUGACCAAUCCGCCGGCCCUGCCAAACUACAACACCUGCACACAGUGCCGCUCCACCGUCUGCAACCAGUGUGGCUUCAACCCCAACCCCCACCUCACAGAAGUACAGGAGUGGCUUUGUCUCAACUGCCAGAUGCAGAGGGCCUUGGGCAUUGACAUGACCACCCCACGCUCCAAGAGCCAGCAGCAGAUCCACUCUCCAUCCCACCAAGCCAAACCCAUAGUCCAGCCACCACCUGUUCAGCCAGCUCAGCCAGCAGCCCAGCCAAAACCCCAGCCUCAGCCCCAGGCCCAGCCCCCACCACAGUCAAAACCCCACUCCCAGCCCCAGCACCAACUCUACGGUCAAUCCCAGCCCUAUGGUCAAUCCCAGCCCCAGGCCCAGCCCUAUGGUCAAUCCCAGUCCCAGCCCUAUGGACAAUCCCAAUCCCAGCCCUAUGGACAAUCCCAAUCCCAGUCCCAGCUCUAUGGUCAGUCCCAGCCCCAGUCCUUUGGCAAAACUCCGCCCCAGCCCUAUGGCCAAUCCCAGCCUCAGCAACAGCCCUACAACCAAACUCAGCCCCAGCCACAUGGUCAAUCUCAGACCUAUGGCCAUUCCCAGCCCCAGCAACAGCCCUAUGGUCAAUCCCAGCCCCAACAACAGCCCUACAGCCAAACUCAGCCUCAGUCAUAUGGUCAAUCCCAACCCCAGCAACAGCUCUACGGCCAAAACCAACCUCAGCCCCAGCCAUAUGGUCAAUCCCAGCCCUAUGGUCAAUCCCAGUCGCAGCACCAGCCUCAGGCCAAACCCCAAGCUCAGCAUCAGCCACAGACCUCUCCUGGCCUACAGAGACACCCUAUACCCGGCUCUGCUUCCCUGCCUGGGUCAACGACAAGCUCCCCCCAGCACAUCCCAUAUGGCCAGAGAGGGCCUGGAGGUCCCGGCCAGCCCCGAAUUCCCCAUCCUGGGGCAGUCCCCCUUGUGGGCAUGGCCAAGGCACCCUCCCAGCCAGACCUGGGCCGAGGCUCCCCGCAGCACCAGGGCGGCCGCCAGGCCGCCAGCGCCGGCUCGUCGCCUUCCCAUCGGCCCGCCGCUCCCCAGGGGCAACCGCCCCAGGACGGCCUGACCAAACUGUUUGGCUUUGGGGCAUCGCUCCUCAACCAGGCAGCCAGCACCCUGGCCUCUGUGGACCCCCUCUCAGGGACACCAUCCACCCAGCCCUCCCCUGCCAGGGGUGGGCCUUCCAACAAACAACAAGGACCUCCUGGUGCCAAACCAUUCCAGACGGGUGGCCCUCAUGCACCCCCGAUGGGUGGCCCGCAAGCACCCCAGAUGGGUGGCCCUCAUGCACCCCCGAUGGGUAGCCCGCAAGCACCCCAGAUGGGUGGCCCACAAGCACCCCAAAUGGGUGGCCCUCAUGUAGCGCAAAUGGGUGGACCCCACACACCAACUCAGAUUGGUGGCCCGUAUGCACCACAAAUGGGUGGCCCACAUACAUCAACUCAGAAAGCACCCCAACAGCAGCAAUCACCUGUGCAUCAUCAGAAGGGACCACAGCAACAACAGCAACAGCAGCAGCAGCAGCCGGCCAGACAGGAGCCCGUUCCCAAGCCGGUGGAGCCCGAGAAGCCCAAAGUCAAAUGCCCCCUGUGUAAAACGGAGCUCAACAUCGGCAGCACCACUGAGCCGCCUAGCUACAACUCCUGCACCCAGUGCCACACUCAGGUCUGCAACCUAUGUGGAUUCAACCCCGCGCCUCACCUGGAGAAGAAAGAAUGGCUCUGUCUGAACUGCCAGACCCAGCGACUGAUGUCUGGAGGGCUCCGGGAUCCCUCUCCUGUAUCUCAUCCGUCUCCAAAGCACCAACCAUUGGGUUCUCCACGCCACCAGGCACUGGCCAGUCAGCAGCCUGUUCAGCAGCCACCCUUCCAAAAAUUCACCAAUCAGCAGCAGGAAGGGCCGAGACAGAUGCAGCCGCAACAGCAGAAGCCCCAGACAGCCCUGGGGAGUGGACCUUUUGAACCAACUGCAGCGAAGCAACCUGGAGACACAAAGGCCCCUGUCCAGGCCACACCUACACCUGCAAUCGAGCCCCUGAAACAUCCGAAGGGCACGGAAGAGACUACGCCAAAACCAGAGAAGUUGGUGGAACCCGCCAUAGACACCAAACCGACUCAGAAGAAGGGAGAGCCAAUCACACCAAUAAAAGAGAUAAAGAAGUCAAGAUAUGAUGAGACCAAGAACAGCACUCAGGACCUGUCGCGGAGCCCCCAGAGCCUGAGCGACACGGGCUACUCCUCCGACGGCAUCUCCAGCUCCCACAGCGAGAUUAUCGGCCUCAUCCAAGAGGAGGAGAUGAAGCUGAGCGAGAGGGGCAUCAGCGAGCGUGGCAGCCCCCCCAGCCCCUCCGAGAUCACCAAGCUGGAGAGCUCCAUGAGGCCCCUGCUGGAGUGCAAGACCGUGCCAGUUGAGGAGAGGGAGCGCGAAAGGGGCCGAGGCCGGCACCACCGAGAGCAGAGACCCCGGUCGCUGUCCAUCACCCCGGAGGCCUAUGACUCUGAUGAGGAGCUGGAGGACAUUGUGGAAGAGGAGGAGGAGGACGGAGGAGACUGGGAGUCCAAACAGGAGCACAAGAACAGUGCCGCUCCCAAAGAGGAGAAGAAGGUGGCCGAGCCGGAGCCGAUGACAGAUGAGGAGUUCAUGAGGAGGCAGAUCAUGGAGAUGAGCGCUGACGAGGACAACGAGGAAGAGGAGGAGGACGAGGAGGACGAGGAGGACGAAGGCUACGGCUACCAAAAACCUAAAAAAACACACAAGCAUAUCUCAGAGUUGACGAAAGAGAAGCGCCGCCUCUCUCACCAGUCCAGCAGCUUUGAGGAGGACACCAAAAGCUCCAGCGACAUCUACAAAUGUUCUGCGGAGGAAGGAGAGGAGGGGGGUCUGGGGGGCCUGCGCCGCUUCAAGACAAUCGAGCUCAACAACACCAACAGCUACAGCCGCGACAUGGAGCUCAACAACGAGAACGACCUCAGCCUGGACCGAGAGCCCGAGUUGGAGAUGGAGAGCCUGACUGGGUCUCCCGAGGAGCGCUCCAGGGGUGAGUACUCCUCCACCCUGCCACCCACCACCUCCAGCUACAACUCUGGCACCUCCCCCACCUCCAUCUCCUCCAUGGAGGAAGACAGCGACAGCAGUCCCAGUCGCAGGCAGAGACUGGAGGACGCCAAGCAGCAGAGGAAGGCCCGCCACCGCUCCCACGGCCCCCUGUUGCCCACCAUUGAGGACUCCUCGGAGGAGGACGAGCUGAGAGAGGAGGAGGAGCUGCUGCGGGAGCAGGAGAAGAUGAGGGACCUGGAGCAACAGAGGAUCCGCAGCACGGCCAGGAAGACCAAAAGAGAUAAGGAGGAGCUGAGGGCCCAGAGACGCAGGGAGAGAUCCAAGACGCCCCCCAGCAACCUCUCCCCCAUCGAGGAUGCCUCCCCUACUGAGGAGCUGCGACAAGCUGCGGAGAUGGAGGAGCUCCAUCGAUCCUCUGCCUCAGAAUACUCCCCCCAGAGCCUUGACUCAGAGGCUGAGGGAUACGAGUCUAAACUCUACAAGUCUGGCAGCGAGUAUAACUUGCCCACGUUCAUGUCUCUGUACUCUCCUACUGAGAAGUCGUUGACAACUUCAACCACCACCGCGCCUUCCAGCAGCAAGCCCCUGAAGAGUGCUGAGGAGGUGUAUGAGGAAAUGAUGAGGAAAGCCGAGUUGCUGCAGAAACAACAGAAACAGCAACAGCAGCAGCAACAAGGAAGACACAACAGUGCAUAUGAGGAAGACACGAAUGGCCAACAGUAUGAAGAUGAGUAUGAGUACGAGCAGGCUGAGACUAGUUAUGAAAACGAGGCGGCAGAGACAGGAGGCAUCUACGAAGAGAUCCGCCAGACCUCCCAAAACAUCACUAAGAUGCAUCAAUCCUCAGCCCUGGAGUUACAGCAGCAGGCAGACAAGCAGGUGGAAAUAGACGAGAGUACCUAUCCAGAUAAGCAGCUUUUAGAUACAGGGUCGGCCUUCGCUAAGCUGCUUGAGCAGACCAAUGACCUGUUGACUCCUGGCAACAGCCCCACUCAGCUCUCUGCACCUGUGACUUUCUCUGAGGCUGGAGGAAGGAUCCCUGAUGUACGGGUGACACAACACUACUCCAAAGAUGUCCAUAAAGCCGGGAUGAAGAGUCAGAUGGGUAAAAAUGGCAUUACUCCAGUGGCGGCCGCCACCACAAUAGCAGCCUACGGGGUUUAUUCCCGGGAUGCAGUGACCAUCCCUCACACAAGCGCUAGUCAAACGAUGACGACCACCCAAUCCAUCAUGUAUGGUCGACAAACUGGAGGACCUGCCACUUCAACCACAACCAUCUCAAAUGUGUGCAGCAAGAUAGCGGAGAUAACACAGGCUUACAGCCAGAGAGAGGUAGUUGCGAGGAGGGUGGGCGAGAGCCGAGGGGUCCAAGCUAGAGAGAGUGCGACAUCUUCAGAGCAUGUCAUAGAGCCCCACUCGCCAAAGAUGUACUCGUACUACAAGAGCUCCAGCCCCCCUCUGUCUCCCUCUGCCUCGCCCACCGAGAGCCCAAGUCGCUCACCCUCCAGGAGGGCCGAGAUAUCCACUCAGACAUUCAGCCCAGGCAUAGGGGCUCUGUCGGCUGGCUCGGGGCCCACCUCCCCAGUGAUGGCCCAGGGGACACAGACAUCUCAAAGGGCCGUAUCCCCACGUCUCUUCAGACAGCAAUCCUCCCAGCAUGCCCCCUACAUGGUCGCAAACUUGGAGCCCACAAGCUCUGCCAAACCAAUGACGGUCAACACUGCCACGUCACCUUUAUCCUCGCCCACCAGAUUCACCCGACAGUCAACAUUUGACAGCUACUCUCCACAGGCCAGUCCGCCAGACACCCCUCCAUACCACCAGUCUCCUCAGCACAGCUUCUAUAGGAUGCAGAAGGUGGAGAAGGUCAGUGUUGGAACCAGCAUGGUCACCACAGCUAGCACCUACAGCCGUGGUUCCAUGUCUAUGGACAACAUCUCUCUCUGCAGGAUCUCCAGCAUCCCGGGGACCUCGAGUGUUGAGCCGGGCCAGAUGAUCUAUGGUGGGAGUGUGGUGGAUCUGAGAACAGUAGAUCUGAGAACAGCCACUAACGCAGCUCCCUUUUUAAUGACUGCCCAUGGCAUGGAUCUUACCUCCCUGGCCACAGAAACACGCAAAUACUCCAGCGGGAUUGAGGGGAGCCACCCCUCCACUAUCAUCCAGCCCCUCAUCAUGAACCUGAACACCCAGCAGCAGCCCCACGUAAUGGUAUCCACUGCAACCACGAUGAGCGUCACGGUGGCCGCCUCCAUGUUCAUAUCGCAGCCCCAACAGCCCAUGGUCUAUGGGGACCCUCUACAAAACAGAGUUGACCUCGGUCAGGGCAUGGGCUCAGCCAUGUGCCUGUCACAGAACAAACCACCUCCCACUGACCCAUCUAUCCCCAAGAUCGACGCCAAGCUGGAGGACCUGAGCAUCCAGCAGCAGCAGCUUCUCCAGCAGCAGCAAAAGCUCCAACAGCAACAGCAGCUCUUGGAGCAUCAGCUCCAGCAACACCACCAGAUGCAGCAGCAGUCCUCCGUAGCUCGGUUCAACCUACCAGGCCAGAUGACGCUGCUCAAGAAAGACCUUCUGGUCAGCCAAACCAGCAAUACCCCAGCCGUGGUCAGUACUAUAUCCCCUGCCGUUGCACCUGAUAUCUACGGCACUGGAGGUUCCCUGGAGCUGAAGAGCAAACCAACCCCGGCAGGUGUGAUGCACCUGGCUGGGGGUGGGCCUCAUGGCAUGAUGGUCCAAAUGGAUGGGGCUCCACAGGGAGGACCAGUGACCCAGCUGGUGAAGACAGAGGAGGGCCAGGAUGCCGUGGACCUCACAGGGGGGCAGAUCAAAGCUGAGAACCAACCAGCUUGCUGUGAUGUCGUGUACCGCCUCCCAUUUGGAGGUAGUUGCGUUGGCGGACCAUUUUCCCAAAAGCCAAAUGUUGAUGAGAAAGUGGCCACUCAAGAGCCAAGACCACACUCUGUGCCACCACUCUCUUAUGAGUCGGACCAGGAGGGCCAGUAUCAGGAGUUUUCUAUGGACGGGCAUAAAGCCUACACAUUACCGUUCCCUGGCCGGCUACAGCCCUCGAUGUCUGACACCAACCUAGCAGAGGCCGGACUCCAGUCCUACCACUCCAAGAUGGACCCACACUUCCAGACCUCUGGAGAGCUGGCUGUGGACCUCAGCACCAUGAAACACACCUAUGAGGGUGGAUUCCUCGGACUGGGCAUGCAGUAUGGCUCUUACACUGACCUACGCCAUGGAGGUGAUAUCACUGCAACUGCCCUGCCCAUACGCAGAUUUAACUCCCUGACAAACAUCAGCUCUGACUACGGCUACUCCCCCCGAGACCUCGCUAACUUCCAGGAGUCCAACCUGGCCCAGUACAGUGCCACCACUGCCAGAGAGAUCAGUCGAAUGUGCGCUGCCCUCAACUCAAUGGACCGCUAUGGGAGCAACCCAGAGCUUAUGCAAUACGGUGUAGGCAGAGGAACAGGUCCAGGUGGCAGGCUUAACUCUAUGAGACAAAAUAUGCUCUAUGGACCUGACGGGAAGCCAAUCUCUCACACCCAAGCGCUCACCAACAUGAUCAAUGCCAGGCAAGCCAGCCUCCGAGCCAUGUACCCGUCUGCCAUGAGGUCUGCUGAUGGGAUGACUUAUUCUACCAUCAACACACCCAUCGCCUCCACCUUGCCAAUCACUACCCAGCCUGCCUCAGUGCUGCGCCCACUAUUAAGUGGAGUGUACAGGCCUUUACCCACAGCCAAUAUGACACCUGUGCCUCUGGCCAGCCUCACCAGGAUGCCUGUGAACCCACGGAUGCCUAUGUCUGGACAGGCCCCAUACCAUUAUCCGGCUCCCAACGUCUUCCCAUCUACGACGUCGACCCCUGUGAGCAUGCCUGCCACCGUCAACACCACUCAGGAUGCCCCAAUCUUCCUAGGGAAGCCCUCUGUGACAUCAAGUGGAUCUGAUCCCCCGUAUCAAUCUCCUGUUGCCCAUACAUCAGCCUCAGUGAGCUUGCCAACAGAGUCCGAGCAGCAGCCCAUAAACCUGACCCAGGCUCACCUCCACACUCAGGCCCCAGGGCAGCCCCAGGUCCAGCCUCAGAACCAACCCCCAGCUCAGCCACAGCACAUGCAACCUCAAUUCCACCCUCAGGGCCAGCAUCCACCCCAGAGCCAGCCACCUCCGGCCCAUGCUUACCCCCCAACACAAAGCUACACUGGGCCCCAGAGCAGCACCCUGCCCCAUCACCCAACCCCACCCUCCAGCGGCCCUGUCAACCCGGAGACCGAGACUGAGGAGGAGAGGAUGCACCGCCAGCAGGAGCAGCUUCUGCAAAUGGAGCGGGAACGCGUGGAGUUGGAGAAGCUGCGUCAGCUGCGUCUGCAGGAGGAGCUGGAGAGAGAGCGCAUGGAGCUGCAGCGGCACCGUGAGAAAGAGCAGAUGCUGGUGCACAGGGAGAUUCAGGAGCUUCAGACCAUCAAGGAGCAGGUCCUGCAGCAGCAGCAGGCUGAGAGGGAGAACCAGCUAGUGAUGCAGAAGGAGCAGUUGGCCCAGCAGAAAGCCCAGCUUGACCAGAUCCAGUCGCUGCAGCAGCAGCUCCAGCAGCAGCUCGAGGAGCAGAAGCGGCAAAAGACUGCUGCAGCUGCUGCUGCAGCCACCGCAGCCGCUCAGUUGGACCAGAGCGGCCAGAUGCUGCAGCCCUACGGAAACCAAAUGGGUUUCAGGUCCCUGCCCAACUCCUCCUCAGACAUGUGUCUAAGGAACAACAAGGAGCAGAUGGAGACCAGGACCAACAUGAGAAAGCAGAACUCCACCUCCAUGCCCCGACUGAGGGAUGGAAUGGAGGGUGAGAGCGUUGAGUUCUACGGAGCCCGGAGGAUCGUGGACAGUUGUGUUCAGACAGACGAAGAAGACGGUGAGGAGAGGUACAUCAUGUCUAGGCGCAGACGCAACAGGCGCAGCGUGGACCGUAGCGUCCAAACCGACGACGACGAGGAGAAAGUGGAGUGGGAGCAGCCUGUGAGACGCAGACGCUCACGCUUCUCCAGGCACUCGGAUGCCGGGGCCGACCACAAGACUGAUGCAGCCUCCAAGACGGCCACCUCAUCCAGCAUCGCCAUUCAGACCAUUCGAGACUGCUCCUGCCAGACCGAAACAGACCAGCUGGGGAAGGUGUCCCCGGCCAUCCACGUCACUUUGCCAGACCCAAACAAAGUGGAGAUCGUCCACUACAUCUCAGGCCCUGAAAGGACCCAGAAAGGCCAAAGCCUAGCCUGCCAAACAGAUGUGGAGGCCCAGUCUCAGGGCGUGGUGGUGCCACAGCUCAGCGUGCCCACCACUAUCAACCCCUACUCCACGGGUAUCCAGCUGGUUGCCUCCGCCGACCUGCGGCAGCAGCAGAACAGGAGGAGGUCUGACCCCAUGGAGAUCAGCUACCAGACCCAGACCCAGCCCAUGAACCACCUCCACAACGAGUCCCUCUCCAGCCUGAUCCGUCAGCCCCCCAAGUCCCCCCAGGUGCUCUACUCCCCUGUGUCCCCUGUCUCCCCCCACCGCCUGCUGGAGACCUCGCUUUCCAGCGGCGGGCUGAACAAGGCCCAUGUCACUCCCCAGCAGAAGGCCUACACAGCCGAGUCACCCCAGCGCCACCCCAGCAUGCCCCGCCCUAUUAAGAACACACAGAGGUCCAUGUCUGACCCCAAGUUGCUGAGCCUCACCACUGACGAGAACACUAAGGCCAGGCUAAACCUGUACCAGCAGCAAGCUCUUCAGAGCCAGCUUGCUGCCCUGCAGCAGAGCGCUCUGAGGAAGGUGAAGAGGACCCUGCCUAGCCCCCCUCCAGAGGAGAGCCACCUCCCCACCAUCACCCCGGCCCUCCCCCAAAUGUACAUGCCCGCUGUGCCCUCCCUGAGGGCCGGGUCCAGGCCAGGUCUGGCAGCCAAAGCCAGCCUGCUGAAGGACCUCACCCACGAGCUGAAGGCAGUGGAGCAGGAGUCCACCAAGCUCCGCAAGCAGCAGCAGGAGCUGGAGGAGGAGGAGAAGGAGAUUGAUGCCAAGCUGCGCUACCUGGAGCUGGGCAUUCAUCAGCGCAAGGAGACCCUGGUGAAGGAGAGGGAGAGGAGGGAUAUGGCCUACCUGCGCUGCAUGGGCGACCCGCGAGACUACAUGUCAGACAGCGAGCUGAAUAACCUGCGGCUGGCGGCGGCGGUAGCUUCCUACGAGAGCAACGGGGUGCUGACCAGACCCAGCACAGCACCACUGAGCCAGUACACCAGUGACCUCAACACAGCCGCCCAGUUCCCUCCCAUCUCCUCCUUCGUCUCCUACCAGUCAUACCACCCCCAGAGCCAGCCAGCUCCAGCACCCCAGCCUGGCACCCCUUACCAGACCGCAGCCUUCAACCAGCCCCCCUACCCUUCAGUGUCCCAGGCAGCAGCUCUUCCCCAGCCCACCCCCCUGCAGACCCAACAUCUUCCCCCAUCCUACCAGACCCAGGGGUCCUUCCCCUCCCACACAUACCCCCAGAGCCAGCCCCCCUACCCGACAGAGCAGGGUGUGCAGCCACUGCUCCAGCAACAGCAACAGCCAAGCCACCAGGGGUUCCAGCCUGCCCAGCCUGGCCAACCUCCCUACCCCACCAACACCUCUCCAUACCCCAGCCAGCUGUCCUACCCAGCUGGCCCUAGCCAGACCACUCCCUACCAGCCCCAGGCAGACAUCCUCACUGUUCAUCAGAGACCCAGACAGACCUCUCUGGCUGACCUGGAGCACAAGAUGCCCACUAACUAUGAGGUCAUAAGCAACCCCACUGUAGUGGUGACCACCACAGCCCAAGAUGCCAUCUACUCCUCCUCCAGUGGGGCGCCCCCAUACGGACAGUAUACUGGUGGUACCCCUAUGACCAACACUUAUGGGCCAUACUCUUCUACAGUCUCUAGUACCUAUGGCCAGUACACCACGACAGUUGCCAACACAUACGGGCAGCAGUACACUUCCACCCUGGCCAGUACGUACGGCCAGUAUACCACUACCACAGCUAACACCUACGGCUACACCAACACUACAGCCAGCUCCUACGGCCAGUACACCACCACAGUGGCCAACAGCUACGGCCACGGCACUCCAUCUGACCGUCUGCACUCGGUUGACAGCCCGUCCACCUAUGCACAGGACGGUCUCUACGGCCCAGCCAGCCUGGAGCAGAACAUCCCAAGGAACUACGUCAUGUGCGACGACAUCAGUGAGCUGACAAAGGACGGCCUGGGCGGCAUGGUGGCGGACAUGCAUCGAAGCGACGGUCAUGGUGGACGCUACAUGGGGGAGAGCGGCCCGGCGAGAGGAGGGAGUUCCUACGGCAGGCCGGAGGACGAGCUGAGCAGGGAGGAAGACCCGUACGACCACCAUGGCAGGGGUAAGAGCAGCUACCACCCACGAGGGUCAGAUACAUAUGGCCGAGUAGUGGGCAGCAGCAGCACUAGCAUGGGUGGGGGAUCAUCCUAUUACUAUGAUGACUACACCAAACACGGCGCACAGCGCACCGGGGUCCAGAAGCACGGCUCCAAGAUCCUGGCUCCGGCCGUCAUGUCCUCCAAGCGCAGCAAGCACCGCAAGCAAGGCAUGGAGCAGAAGAUCUCCAAGUUCUCCCCCAUCGAGGAGGCACGUGACGUGGAGGCUGACCUGGCCUCCUACACCAUGAGCACGUCUGGCGGUGGCAGCUGCACUGUAGUGUCCCGGGCCAGGAAGCUGCAGGACGACAUGGCCUACAGCCUGAGGAAGAGUGCCUAUGAGCAGAAGAGAUACUCCUAUCCCGAGGAGGACGAGCGCAUGUACUACACAUCGGGCCGUUCACGCUCCACAGGCUAUGGCAUGGACAAGAUCUCGUCCCGGGACUAUGCCGGCUACCGCAGCCGCUCCUAUGAGAGAGAUGGGGACAGGGAUCGCUCGUCGUACAGGGCGGGAUACAGCCGGGGCAGACCCCCCAUGCGCUCCCAGUAUUCGGAGGAGGAGAGCCUGCUGAGCUCCAUGGGUGUUCAUGUGCGGGCCUCCUCCCUGGGCCCAGAGCUGUACGACAGCCGUAGUAAUCAGUAUUAUGGCCAGUACGGCUCCAGCCACUCCCUGCCUGAUGUGCAGGACCACAUGAGAGACUUGCCCCGGACUCACGUCUACAAACCAGACGAUUCUUACAUUAUAGACGAUAUGCAUUGCGCUGUUUCGGACAGCGAAGCCUACAAUCUUGGCCAAGAGGAGACAGACUGGUUUGAGAAGCCCAGGGACCUGCGCUCCGGCUCCCGUCACUACGGCAGUGGAGGCCACUCCUCGUCCGGCCGCAGCCGCCACGUCAAGCACACCUACCAUGACUACGACGAGCCCCCAGAGGAGGACCUGUGGCCCCAGGACGAGUAUGGCCAAGCCCGUCACUCCUCCUCCUCGCGGGACCACCGCCCCCAUGGCAGCAGCUCCGGGAGACACUCCUCUACGUCCCGCCACUCGGACGAGCCUCGCUCCUCUCGCUCCUCCAAGGGCCAUCCCAAAGACCCGUCCAUGCGCCACGACUCCCGCCAGUUGUCCUCGUCGGGAAAGAGGGGCGACUCCCGCUCCCAGGGGGGGUAUCACUCGUCAGACUACUCCAGGGACCCGUCGGGCCACCACCACAGCCAGGGCCGCUCCUCCAAGUCCUCGUCCUCUCACGACGGGCGGACUUCCUCCAGGAAGCAGCAGGACCUCCAGGGCCACCCUUCUUCUACCUCCAGGGGCCAGGGCAGCUCUGGACGUGGGCAGGGCUCCACCAGUGGGCCUCCAGGCUCCAGGGGACAGGGUCCUACCUCCCAGCAGGAUGGGCUGCAGCCAGGUCAGCGCACCCAGCUGCAGCAGCAGCCCCAGACCUCGGCGGCACGGCAGACAGGCACCAUCCCUGCAGGCACCACUCCUGGGGGCCAGCAGCCUCUGGGCCCGGGCCAAGCCCAGCAGGGUCUACAGGCGAAGCCUGGUCAGCUUGGUCCUGGUCAGGCCAGUCGCCAGCCACAGGCAGGAGGCGCACUGGGGCAACUGCCACCAACUGUGGCACCUGUCGCAAACACACCCCCUGUGACUGCCAUAGGGGCCAAAGCUGUCAUAGGAGGGGCGGCCCAGCCUGCAAAAACACCUCAACCCCCACUCACAGGAAUAGGCUCCAAGGCCGCCCCUAGACCCGGUGGCAUUGGGAGCGCGGCAGCGGGUCAACCUGGGAUGGAGGGGGAGAGUCUCCUCUCCAAGGUCCUACCAGGAAACCCUGCGGAGGCAGCAGGAAAACUCGGAGAAGCUAUCUCCGGUUUCGGCAAGAAGUUCACCUCGUUGUGGUGAGGUGUUGAGAUGAGGGUAUCUGUAAAUGUUAUGGAGGAUGUCGUGAGGCUUCGUACCAGAAAAACCUAGGAAGACCCCCGCUUUGUUUUACUGUGAGAGAGAAGGAGGGUGGGACAAAUACAGCGACCAAGAGAAGAUAUCUGAGCGCACCGCCAAUGAGGACAGGAAUCAAUGGAUGCUGCAUGUCCCCGGUCUACGCACACAAUGGGAGAGAAACCAUGCUGAUUUCUCUGGCCGGCCAGACAAACGGUUUGAGGCCCCCAGACUGCAAUGCCCCCAGCCAAAGAACAAGGACACUGACACCUGAGCCCCCCUGAACACCUAAGCCAUUGGAUUACAAGCCCUGAGGAUCCCUCCAGAGAGAGGCUAGCUGGAUAGAGAGCCUGAUCCCUGCCACUAUCUGGGUCUUCAUCACCAGGAUGUCACUCCUCAAGGACCAUCACCUCCCAAACAGCCAUUAUCCUUUGGGGAAUGGGCUCCUAUACUAAGGAAUACUCCACCCAGCUGCUCUGUAGGAGGAUGGGAAGGGGCCACAGUACUGUGACCCCGCAACACGCUAAUGAUGCUAUCCUCUAGUCUGUGGGCUGUUGUGCUGCUGCCUGCUGGGGUUCGUAACAGACGUGGCCGUGGUGGCAUGGUAGGAUCCUUGAUUCCGUAAACCUGUGCUCAGAUUAAAAACACACAGUCACACUCUCCUCUCAUCUCUGAAAAAGAAAAGAGAAGAACAGGUUUUUCUGGUACUAAAGACCUCCUGUUUAAUUUGGAUGCUGAGAACUUAGGAGAGAAGAAGAAAAGACAAUAAGGAUGACUAGGUUGACAGAAGCUAGGAGGAAGUCUCCACAGUUUGCUCAGUUUUUUUCUCUACAUUCCAGAAUGGAAAAAGGCCCCGUUUUUUUUAAUGCUGACUCGUUCGUUCCAUUUCUUCCCCUCUUGCGAUGUGUCUAAGAAGUGUAUUGUGGAUUUAGGAUUUGGAAAUGCAUGGAACUUUCUAUCCAAGACCUUACACUGUUCACCAUUUCAGUCACAGAGGCCAUAAGACAUUGGUUAAUAAUAAUAAUAAUAAAAAAUGAGAGUAAAAAUGUAUCCAAAAGAAGACGAGGAGGACACAACACUGAAUCUGGCCACAGGAUGGGAGAAUCAUCAUUCGGGAGGUUUCGAUUGCACCAUGAGAGCCGAAUGUGGCCAGGUUUGUUUUUUAGCCAUUGCAAAGCCAUUAAUAAGAAAAAACAUCCCCAGAACGUUUGGGUUCCUGGUGUUUCUGAACCUUCCCACAACGUUUGGGUCUCUGGUGGUUGUUUUUUUUACAACUCAAUUUUUUGUUCUAUUUCUGUAUUUGCCUGAUUUUCUGUUACAGGAUAGUGGAUUCGCCUUAAUCAUUCCAUUCUUUUUUAUUUAGAGUAAAGUUACAUCUUAUUUUUUUACUCCAUGUUCUAUCCAUGAAGCUUAUUUUAAUUGCAGACUUUUUUUUAUGUAAUAAUGAUGUCCACUGGAACACUGGCUGCGAGAUUCAUUUAUAUUUUAGGAUUUUGUUUCACUUUUAAAUUUGUAAUCCUUUAUAUUGUGUAUUUUCUCAUACAUUUGUGUGUUUAUGGUGUCCAUAAUCAUUGAUUACGUUAUUUAUUUCUGAUUAUUAAUAAUGAAAAAGCAAUAGUAUGUGGAAGAAAGUUAGUAAAGAGCACAAUCUUGUGUCAUUUUACAAAUCGUUAGUCAGGAAUGUGUUGCCUCUGUGCGAUAAUCUGCUAUCACAUCUUAACAGGGCCACACCUGGGUUGUAUUCAUUAGGCACCAAACAAAAUAAAAAAAACUGACAAACAGGGAGGGACUACCUGAAAUUGUCCAAUAAGAAAAGCUUGUUUUUGUUUUCCGUUGCAAAACGUAUUGCUACGGAAUGCUCUAAUAAAUACAACCUUGUAAAUCCAGUCUGGUAGUUUGGUACUGCCCAGUCAAGGCAUUUCAUAUCUGCCCAUUAUGAUACAUGAGCACUGCAAGACAGCAGAGAGGCACUGAAUACAAACCAGUGCAAAUCACCAUUGUAUCUGACUUGAAGUAGUUUAGCAUUCUUUUGUUGACUGUCAUAAUCAUUGGGUUUUCAUGUUUUCUGGCUUACUACAGACUUUUAACAUCCAAAACACCAUCACAGGGAAAGAUAAACACCUUACAGACAUGGAGUACAUAUUGGCUAUGUGUUUCAAACAGACUGAGGAUGUUAGAUUGGAGAGACACCUACUCUGCACACACUCACAUAUGGCUGCGGGCAACAGUGAUGUAUGAGUUGUGUGCGAGGUAGCAAAAGGUGUUUGGUGGAUUAGACACUGAAGUGUCAAAGAUACAGCACAGUCGGUUGUUUUUUGUCUUUGUAUUUGCGACCAAACUGCAAACCCCAAAAUGUUGACGAAUGUCACGGAAACCUCUCAGGUCAGUGUUCUUCCUGCUGUUCUUUGCAGUGCAGCGUGUGUAGUAGUGUUACUGGUGAUACGCUCAGACGCUAGAGGCCUACUGAUGGGAGCCCAAACGUGAUGUAUAUUCUCUCUUUCUCUUUCUGUGGAUGCUGGAAUCAAGCAUGCUCUGGCAAAACCUCAGUAACAGUCACUUCUGUAUCGUUACGUUCCUGAUGUUUGUAUGUGUGUGAGUACUGUAUGCGUGUGUUUCUCACCAUCCUACUAAAAAACAAACCAUUAUCUGGCAAAUAAAACAAGUGUGUGGUCGACGGCAACUUUUACAUUUCAAACGUUCUAUGCAAUGAAUCAUAUUUGGGUGAAAUAAUAAGGAAGAAACGGAAUACCACAAUCAUUGUCAUGGCUGAGACAAAUACUGCUUCCUUUCAGCAUUCCUGCUACAGAAAUAGAUUGACUUGUUUGUAAAUAGCUACAAUAUGUGUACGUCAGGAAUUUGAUUCAAUGUUUCUUUAGAUUAUUUUUAGUGGCAUGUUUCAGUCCCUUCACUGAAAAUUGGAACCGGUUGCCAACUGGUUAUCUACAUAGGCACCCUAAAAUGGCACACUAUUCCAAUUAGUGUACUAUAGGCUGUCUAUAGGGAAUAAGGUGCCAUUUUUUGAUGCAGAAUAGUGUCAAUGAAGUCUGCCAUCUUAUUGCUUCAAGCAUGGGUUGCUGGGUACAGCGAAUGGUCUUGUACGUACAGUGCUGAAGACCCCAUUUUUGUUGGACGGCCAUGGAUUCCAAUACUUGGCUGCUAGUUUGUGCACUUGUUAUUCCAUAGAAUAGAAUGAAGCUGCUAGACUUAAGCCAAUUAUAUGAAGAGAUUAAAUAUAUCAUUUAUAUAAAUAUGUAAAACAAAUACUAUAUGAUAAAUAUAUAUAUAACACAUAUUCGAGAAAUGACAGGCACUUUUCAUGAUCGAAGGGAAUGACCUGGUGUGUGUACACUGCCACUACCUAUUAACAUACUAUGAUAUUCAAGAAGUUUGAACGUUGAUGGGAGGCUGCUUGUUUCCUUUCAGUGAGCCCACCGAAAACCAUUGCAGGCUAUACCCACUCACCAUUAAUUUGGCUUGAAAGGCUUUAGUGUGAAAAUCCCUUAACCCACAACUCACUCAGUACAGUAACUGCUGUUUCAAGUAUGGGCGAUUAUUUCAAUGUAAAGUUAUUUUUAUAGCAUACUUUAAUGGAAUAUCUAUACACAAAUAUUAUUGUAUCAUACAGAUAGUCAUUGGUACACUGGCGAAAUCCCUAUGAAGUUCAUGGAAUUGAAUGAUGAUCAUAUCAAUAUUGUCCUACUGUUACAAAGGCCUCCUUACAGUAGAUACGACUGGCAUGGAAAGCACCUCACAGGCUGUUAGAACAAACUAGCGACAGAUAAAGUCACUGUCAGUGACUGGAUGAUCAGAUAUGUAAAUGAGAUAGAGAUAAUAAUGAAGUUGUAAAAAAAGAAAACAAUCAAUACUGAUCAAAAUCCAAUUAUGACUUGUUUGUGUUCGAAAUAGUUUGUAACUGUGUUCAAUCACUUUGCCUCAGGAAAGCACACACAAAAUGCACCGUGGUGAAACUAAAUGGGACGUUAAUAUGCAUAGUAGUAAGGGCUUAUUAUUACAAUACUGGUCAAUCAAGAAAGCCAUCUUAUUACUGUCCCAUCCAGUCCUACAUCUACUCUGGAUGGGCUUUGGACCACAGCAUUUUGCCAGGGACAAAUAAAACCCCCAAGUCUUUUUUUUUACGUCAACCAAAAAUUGUGCUUUUAAAGUAGCAUAGCAACUGAGACUAUCUGCCCAUGCUGUGGGUCCUUGUGGAUGGCUAUGCACAGCGAACAACAACAGGACAUUACUAUGGAUGAACAUAAUAGGGUGACAGACAAGGGAAUGCCGGACAAAAAGCGACAAAAAAUCUUUCUCAACCAUCAGGGAGCAGUCAUCUUUCACCUUAGUGAAAAGUAACAAGUGCAUGAGCUAAUGCAGCAUAAAGCCUCUCCUUACAUCUGACAGGCAGGCAGGCAUAUUCACUGUAAAUACCAGUCAGGGUCAUAGACUGCUCUGUACAACAUGUAAAUGUCAUGCUGAACACUAUCACAGGCAUGGAAAGCCACGCAGGCUGACCUUGCCAAACUUGUGUUUUUGUGAAUAAAAAUGACAAAAAAGCAUUGUGUAUGUGGCUGGCUUGUGCAGACUGUUUAAUUAAAAACAAAAAGUUGUAUUCGGAAACAUAUUGGUCUGUGUAGAGUUUCUAUACAUGUUGUGUUUGUAAAACGAGAAGAAAAAACACCUUCCUCAAAAGGGAUAUCCUGGCUUCCAUUAACUGGAUGGAGGUUUGUAAAAAAGAAAAUGUAAUUGAAAAAAGCAACAGAAAAUAAAGACAGAGACCCUAAAUGAAUAAGAUGUUACAUUCACUGUUGUAAGUGCAAUGAGCUAUACUUCAUGUAUCCAUUUAAAAACCUUGUGUAUGUUUCAGUGUAUUCCUGUAAACAGUUGUAGUAGACUUGGUGCAUCAUGUCAUGUAAUGUGAUGAAUGAAAUAAUGACCUUACAAUACAUUUCAAUCAGGAAACGAAUAAAAGAGAAAUACAAAAAAAAAUA